CAAUGCUUCAAGCCCAAACUCACGUCCCAAAUCCAUGGAAGAAAGCGCUCCUCCACCUCCCCCUCCUCGCCCAGUCACCACCACCUGCACCGUCAGAACCCGAAGCUUUAGAGGCAUCUCCGCCUAUCCACCACCACCAAUCCCUCAUCUCCUCCAUCAAGGCGCUCUCCGCCCAGGGCCACCUCUCCGACGCCUUCACUGCCUUCUCCCUUCUACGUCUCCGCUACCCCGCUUCCUCUCUCCUUGUCCUCCAUUCUCUCUCAUCCCUCAUCUCAUGCUCCUCUUCCCAGAAGGCCGCCCGUCAGGGCUUGCAGCUCCAUGCCCUCACCCUCUCUUGUGGCUUGCAUGACCACCCUUCUCUACUCCCCAGGCUAACCUCCCUCUACAUCACGUUUGGCCUCCUCCCGGAUGCCCACGCCCUCGUCUUUUCCUCGCACAGUUUGGAGGUUCUCCAUUGGAACCUGUUGAUCUCUGCGUACAUGAAGGACGACCGCCCUUCCGAUGCGCUCCUCGCCUAUAGGCAGCUGGUUCAGAUAGGCAUCCAGCCUGAUAGAUUCACCUACCCGUCGGUUCUUAGGGCUUGUGGCGUCGUGCUCGACCUGGAGUUGGGGAAGGAAGUGCACAGGUCAAUUAAUGACAGCUUCAUGGAGUGGAACAUUUUUGUCCAGAACGCGUUGAUCGCAAUGUACGCAAAGUGUGGCGCCUUAGGUUUUGCGAGGAAGCUGUUUGACGAAAUGCCGGAGCGAGAUGUGGUGUCAUGGAAUACUAUGGUGUCAGGGUAUGCAUCACGGGGAAUGUGGGAGAAAGCAUUCCAAUUGUUCGAACAGAUGAGAGCGGAGAACUCAGAGGUGAAUAGCGUUACGUGGAACACAAUCGUCGGUGGUCAUUUGCAAAGGGGCAAUCCUAGAGAAGCAUUGAGAUUGAUCUCUGAGGUGACCAUGCAUGGGUCUGAGAUUGACUUUGUGACGCUGGUCGUUGGUCUGAGUGCUUGUUCUCAUGUUGGAUCUUUAAAAUUGGGGAAAGAGAUUCAUGGGUUUGCGACUCGUUGCUGCGGUGAGGGGAUUGAGAGCGUCCGCAAUGCACUGAUUACAAUGUACUCUAGAUGUAAAGACAUGGAGCACGCUUGCCUUUUGUUUCAAAAGGCCAAAAUGAGGAGUUUGGUCACAUGGAAUACAAUGAUUGCCGGCUUUGGCCUGUCAGACCAAGCAGAGGAAGCUUCUUUUGUAAUUCGAGACAUGGUACAAUCAGGAGUUCAACCAAACUAUGUAACCAUCGUGACAUACCUCGCCUUAUGUACCCGUGUUGCAAACCUUCAGCAUGGGCAAGAGUUGCACUGCUACAUCACUAAACAUGAUUUCAAGGGAUACCUAUUACUCUGGAACUCCCUUAUUGACAUGUACUCAAAGUCAGGAAGAAUCUUAGCUGCUAGAAGGGUCUUCGACUUGCUGACCAACCGUGAUCAGGUGUCAUACACUUCAAUAAUAGCAGGUUACGGAAUACAAGGUGAGGGAACUGCUGCCUUGAAACUUUUUAAUCAGAUGAUUGACAGUGGGAUCAAACCUGACCACAUAAAUAUGGUGGCAGUCCUCUCAGCUUGUAGCCACUCUGGACUUGUGUCCCAGGGUCAUAAGCUCUUUAAAAUGAUGACUGACUCAUAUGGCAUUGCGCCACAGAUGGAGCACUACUCUUGCAUGGUUGAUCUACUUGCUCGAGCCGGUUUGGUUAAAAAGGCAGAGGAACUUCUUCAUAAAGCUCCACUACAGCCGACAGCUGCAAUGUGGGCAGCUCUUGUUGGGGCAUGCCAGGUAUAUGAGAACACUGAGAUUGGAGAAAGAGCUGCAAAGAAGCUCCUAGAGAUGGGGACGGACAAUCCUGGGCACUAUGUGCUGAUUGCUAACAUGUAUGCAGCUGCUGGAUGUUGGGAUGAGCUUGCAAAGGUGAGGACAUUGAUGAGGGACUCGGGUGUUAGAAAAUCACCCGGUUUGGCUUGGGCUGAUUUAGGGAAUGGAUUUCAUCCUUUCCUAGUGGGGGAUAGGUCGAACCCCCUGGCACCUGAGAUAUAUGAGGUGUUGGAUACAUUAACUGGGCAAAUGAGUGAUCCUGGGUCAAUAGAAAAUUUGGAUUUGGAAUUUGUCGUUGACAUUGUAGUGUGAGAGAGUAACAGGGUUCAGGUGAAAUAUCAUCUCCUAGCUUCUUUAAGUGACCUGUCUAUGUAGACUAGAGUCAAAGAAUUCUUACAAGUACUCUCUGCCCAGGAUUUCAAAAUCAAUGGCCGACAUGGGCAAUAGAUCAUGUGAGCAUAUGGACAUAUUGAACCUUAGGAUUGCUCAUUGGUAUACUGACCGAUAACAGACAACUCAUCGCAGAUUCACAAGCAGUGCAGUGAAAACUACCAGUUGGACUCAGUAUUAUCGAGUAAAUUGCUGCAACUAAUUCUCUUUGAUUGAAGAACAUAAAUUUUUUUGUCAGCUGAGUGCUAGUCAAUGGCUGAUCCUAGAGUCUCUACAGUAGAAAUGCAAACCAGUUACUCCCUCAUAAUCUGGUUCUAGUUAUGUAAAAAUGGCUAAUCAAUAAUGCUUACUUGUCUGGCUCAAGCUGACACAACCUACAGAAAUAGUGGCACUCAACAUUGGAUAGCCUCAUCUUGCAGGGGUUCAGACUGAAGAGGUGGGAAUUCAGUUAUUCAGUGAAUUUUGCUAGUCAUUUAUAUCAUGGUCUUGUGAUUAUUUCAAAUCUGUCAUUAUUUUACAACGGAU